CUCAGACAGACACACACUCAGACAGACACACUCGAGUUGAAUGUGAUCUAUUCCUGUGCAGGGCAAUACCAGUUACUCUAACACUGCAGGACCCUCACUACCCUGAUGUAGACCUGGGAACACUGGAGCUGACCGUCACCUUAAGGCCUAAAGACGGCUCCAUAGAUGAGCCGCACAGAGAUGCCACUACCAUGCUGCUCAAACGGGCCUGGAGGCGAUCCAGUAAGCAGCAGUCAGUGCGUCUGGCAGAGCUGCACCGUAAGCACCAGCUGUGGAGAGGCAUCGUCAGCAUCUCUCUGAUCGAAGGUCGCGACCUUUGCCCCAUGGACCCUAAUGGCCUCAGUGACCCCUAUGCGAAGUUCAGACUGGGAAACCAGAAGUACAGGAGCAAGACCAUGCCUAAGACGCUGUGUCCCCAGUGGAGAGAGCAGUUUGAUCUGCACAUGUAUGAAGAGACAGGAGGAGUGCUGGAAAUUGCAGUCUGGGACAAAGAUACAGGACGGCCGGGAUGGACUCAAAUCAGGACGGAACACCCAUCGGUUGAGCUGGACGUUGGAGGAGUCCCGGGGCUCUGUGGUGCUGCUGGUCCAUCUGACAGCAUCCUCACACGUCUCAUCGCCGACCUGUCGCCACCCGCUCGACGACCCAUUGAACGCAGGGAGAUCAUGGGCCGAUAUCUCCAACCCAAUACAGACAUUUGUCAUAAUGUGAAGGACAUCCACUCUGUGUUGGAGGUGACAGUGUUUGAUGAAGACCGAGACAGGAGCGCUGACUUCUUGGGGAAAGUGGCCAUCCCACUGUUACAUAUCCAGAAUGGAGAACAGAAGGGUUAUGUAUUGAAGAAUAAGGAGAUGACUGGACCAACUAAAGGACUCAUCUACCUAGAGUCUGACGUCGUCUAUAGCACUGUGAAGGCAGGCUUGAGGACGAUAGUUCCACCAGAGCAGAAGUACAUUGAGGAAGAACCCAAAGUGUCUAAACAUUUGCUCCAGCAGAACUUUAACCGAGUGAAGAGGUGCAUCAUGUUCGUGAUAAACAUUGGAACCUUCAUUAACAGCUGCUUUGAGUGGGAGUCACCUCAGAGGAGCAUCAGUGCCUUCCUGUUCUUUGUGGUAGUAGUGUGGAACUUUGAGCUCUAUAUGGUGCCUGGGGCUCUGCUGCUGCUGUUGACAUGGAACUACUUCAUCACUGCAGGCAGGGAGUCAGGAGACACGGCAGGGGAAGCCACGUUUGAGUGGGAGGAGGAGGAAGAGGAGAAAGAUGACAAGGAUUCAGAGCGUAAGGGCUUCAUGGAUAAGCUGUAUGCCCUCCAGGACGUGUGUGUCAGUGUACAGAGUGCCUUGGAUGACGUGGCCUCCUAUGGAGAGAGGAUAAAGAAUACAUUUAACUGGACAGUGCCUUUCCUGAGUUGGCUGGCCAUAUCUGUUCUGUGUGUGGCUACAGUCCUCCUCUACCUCGUCCCUCUGCGAUACCUCGUGCUCGCCUGGGGUGUGAAUAAGUUUACUAAGAAGCUCAGGAAUCCGUACCUGAUCGAAAACAAUGAGGUGCUAGACUUCCUCUCUAGAGUCCCCUCAGACGUACAAGUGAUGCAGUAUCGGGAGCUGAAGUUCGAUCCAGGACAGAGCCCCAGCAAACGAAAGAAGACCAACCUUGGCUAGACACACACACACACACAAUGGACUCUGUCUCGGAGGGAUAUUCAACUCUCCCAUACUUUGUAAAUAGGGUACGCAACUGUAAACAUUGUAAAACAAAUAGUAUAGAAUUUUUUUAUAUUACGAAUAUUUCAUCAUUAUGAUUAAGACUAGUGCUAGUUUUAUUUUGUAUGUUUUAGUUAUUGUGGAAGUCACAGCCCAAAGAGAACACAGUGUAUGUUUUUUUUACUCCUUUUCUUUGUUUGGUCACAAUAUCAUUUUAUAAAACGGGUUCAAACAUUUCAGAUUUUUUUUUAUUGAAAGAUUCCCUUCUGGAGACGUGUGUGCUUUUCCCCGACUAGAUACCUAGAUACCUGCAUACCUGUACAAGAUCAGCACAGGGACACACUAGCCUCCAGGACUARGUUGCCAGUUAUAAAAACUUUGUUUUUAAUAAAGAUUUAUAAAGAGAUAUAUACAAAUAUAUGUACUGUAUGUGUAUAACAAAGACUAUGUAUUUAUAUCAGAGAGCAUAUACGACGUAUGUACUGUGUAUGUUUGUCAAAUCAAAAAAAUAUUGAUCACAUACACAUAUUUAGCAGAUGUUUUUGCGAGUGUAUCGAAAUGCUUGUAUAACACAAAGAAAUAMUGCAAAGUUGCUUAGGAGUUAUAAGCAGAGCUGCCAUGUCUAUUGGCGCCAUCUUGGCCCUAGUCUGAAUUUCUGCAGGUUUCUUUUAACGUACAGAGAACAGUGAGUCUUCUUGCAAAACUCUUCUGUUUCUUUGGUCCAGACACAUUUUUUAUAUGAGCAUCUGCCAUUGAAUACCUCGAAGAACA